GUGUUAAGCAACAGCGAAUUACAAAUGAUACAUUUCCCGCCCUUUAACCUCAUUGGACUACGUUUUAUCUGUUAUCUAAGCUGCAAUAUGGCAGCGGUCAUCAAAGAUGUUGGUGAAAUAUGGGCUCGUCUUUUCGAUCAUCGACCUUUUUUAAGUGGUGAAAUCAAAUACUUUCUUAAGGAAUUUGAAGAAAAAAGAUCAGAUCGAGAAGUGGAGAGGUUAUUCCAGAUCCUCGAGAGAGUAACAGAAAUCAAAGAAACGCAAAUAGACAGAGUGAAAUUAGCAUCUGAUAUCCAUUUGCCAACUUUGAAUGCCAACCUGGAAGUGGCUGUGAGCAUGUGUAAUCGCAUUUUGGAGAAAGAAGAGGACCACCGAUCUGACACAGCCCUGACAACAAAACGUGAACUUAGAAAAGCAGAGUGGGAAAGUUUCAUUGAUAAUAUGACCCAGAAGUGCUCCAAAGUAGAUGCUACAUUUCAAGAAAAGGAGGAAGAAUUAAAGGAAUUUUAUGCUGACCUAGAGAAGAAACUUCAUAUUGAGAAGUAAAUUAUUUCUGGGGACCAACAUUACAAAACAUUUAAAGCAUUUUAUAUGUGAUCAGUAUCUCUGUGCCAUAGUUAACCAGGAUUCCAAUAAUACAAUGGA